AUGGGUGAAACAAUCCAUUUCGGAGUAGAAACCAAAGAGUAUAACUCCUGCACCGGAAAUCGUGAUAUUUAUAUGCCCAUUACAGUUUUCUAUCCAAUUCAACACACGAGAUUUAACCACCUUCGCGCCAAUCUUAAAAUCGGUAAACCAUUAAUGAUAUCUGGGUUCUUGCACAUUAUCAAAUCAACAACCAUCAUGGUAGAAGCGACAGAUAUUGACUACCUAAGACAAGAGAUUAAUUAUAACGUAACAAAAAAUCCAUACCAAACGACACCACAUGCCCUUAUCAACCUAAAUAAAAUAGCCGAUGAAGUUAGUACGACUUCAUCAACACAAAGAAAAGAUGAAAUGAACACUGAGA